AUGACAUUCCGACUACUUCUGGCCGAAUUCGGUCAUCCGAGUAAAUUGGUAAUCGGCGACGAGUUGUUCAUGAAAAAGCGAUCAGUCAACGAUGUGUCCGGUGAGGAACUGAACAAGUUUGUACUGCUUCUACUCGGUUGUGCAGUUCAAGGCGAUAAGAAGAAGACGUUUGUGAGCCGAAUCACCAAACUCGAAAAGCGCCUUCAACAGGGCAUCGCCAAGGAGAUCCAGAAGAUCACCGAAACCUCAUCAGUCGUGCUGAGUAUUGACUCAUUAACCCGAUACGACGGUACGGUUGUAGAUCACAUCGAACAACUCAUGGAACAACGUGACGCCUACGCACAAACCCUCUUUCAGAUGGCCGAUACGGAGAGCGAUGGAGGCGGAAGUUCUACCGAAAGCUCAUCAGUUAACGGUGAGAUCGAACUGACUCAACGACGAAUUGAAAAGCGUCCAAGUCGACGCAGCCCAUCACCGCCCUACCUUGACCGGCAUUCCACAGUUGAACUGAGCGCAAAAAACGCCGAGCUCCGAAAACUUCGCAAAGAAACAGAAGACAAGGAUGACCGAAUUAACGAACUCACAGACGAAUUGGAAGCGUCGGAAGCUGAGGUGAGAAAGUUAAAGGACGAACGAAUAGAGCUAGUGAAAGAUGCACGUGCAGCAAAGGACUUGCGGGACGAGUUGGACUGUGUCCAGCAGAAGCUCGAUCGGCUGGAGAAACUCGAACGCGAAAAUUCGCAUCUACACGAGAAACUAACAAAGUUGGAUUAUGUUCAGUCUCAGUUGGAGCAUCAACGAGCUGACAAUGCCACUUUGGAAAUGUCGGUCGAACAACUUGAAAACGAGCUCGAGUUACUCCGUCAGGAGAAAAAGAAUCAGACCGAGAUGCAGACGCGACUCAACGAAGCUCAGCAGAACAUGAGAGGUCUCCAGGCCGACAUUGGCGUGAAAAACACAAGAAUCGAGGAGCUUCUUGUGGAGCAGUCACGUCUUGAAAACGAACUGAUGAUAGUCAAUGCGAAAAUGUUGGAAAUGGAAAGGUAA